UAAUCGCACCACGCCCAGCACAAGACUCUGAAACCGCGUGUGAGGAGGGGGCCUGGUGGGUGACUACUGAGAGAAGCCCCCGGCAUUCAAAGUCUUUUAACAUCGAUUCCAGUCAUUCGACCCCCGACUCCUCUCGUUCACGCUUCUCCCUCUUUCCUUUUCUUCGCUCUUCCUCCAUUAAAUACAUUCCCAUCUCUCUUUUCCCUUUUCAACGUUUUGGUUCUACCGUGAUUCGUAGCACCCCCUUCAUUUCCCCCCCUCGGACCCCGCGCUGAAUCAGCUGGUUUUCGUUCGUUCUCUCGAGAAAUCUUUGGUGGGUUUCGAGUUUCCGAGCUGUACUGGGCUGAAAGCUUGGAGCUUUUCCUUCUUUCUGGAGCUCUGCUUUGUUGAUUCUAUGGUGGUUGCGUAGGACUUCUCUCCAGUGCUCGAUCGAGAGGAAGAGGUCAACGCUAUGGCAUCUAAAGUUUCGUCCUCGUUGUUGUGCUUUCUGGUCAUCAUCGCUUGCUUUUCUCGAUCAAUCUCCACGAUACAUGGCCACAACAGCCUAAAAUCGAAUGUCUCCACGCUCGCCGGGAUCGAAUUGCCCCAUCACAUGAGCUUCAAUGCCGUGUCCGCUUCAGCGAGCUCCGGCUGCAGCCUCUCGUCCUCUGAGGAGCCCAAAGACUCAGAGUCGACCUCGUCCUUUAUGCAGGCUUUGACCACUGAAGGAGAUGAAGAAGGCGAUGAUCGCGAUGACGGCGAGGAGAGUGGAGAAAUCGACAGCAGUCGAGCUUCUUCAUCGCGGCUCGAAUCGGAACCGUCGCAACCCCGAGAGCCGGUCAAGCUCCACCUGAAGCGCCGGCCGAGGGGGGGCGGCCGCGGGACGGAGCCCCGAGAGUCCGCGGAGGAGUUCAAGAUGUGGGACUUGAGCAGAAUUCACACUUUGCACCGGAGGGUCACAGAGAAGAAGAACCAGAACACCCUCACGAGGCUGAAAAAGGACAAAGCGAUGACGAAGCAGAGGUGGCCGAGGAAGGUGGUCGUCGAUGGGGCCGACCCGUCGCCCGCGCCAGCGCCGUCGCUGGAGGCCUACGCGGGCGGGCUCUCAGGCCGGCUAAUGGCGACUCUGGCCUCCGGUGUGAGCCAGGGCUCCGGUGAGUACUUCAUGGACGUGUUCAUCGGCACUCCUCCUAAACACUUCUCGUUGAUUCUGGACACCGGCAGUGACCUCAAUUGGAUCCAAUGCGUCCCCUGCUACGACUGCUUCGAGCAGAACGGGCCCCAUUACGAUCCCAGCGACUCCACCUCCUUCCGCAACAUAAGCUGCCGCGACCCCCGGUGCCAUCUGGUCUCAUCCCCGGACCCACCGCGGCCGUGCAACUCCGAUUCCCAGACCUGCCCUUACUUCUAUUGGUACGGCGACAGUUCGAACACGACGGGCGACUUCGCGCUCGAGACUUUCACGGUCAAUCUCACUUCACCUGCGGGGAAGUCUGAGUACCGCAAGGUGGAAGAUGUCAUGUUCGGGUGCGGCCACUGGAACCGGGGGCUCUUCCACGGGGCAGCAGGCCUGCUCGGGCUAGGGCGUGGCCCGCUCUCCUUCUCCUCGCAGCUCCGGUCCCUCUAUGGCCAUUCCUUCUCCUACUGCCUGGUCGACCGGAACAGUGACACAAGCGUGAGCAGCAAGCUCAUCUUUGGGGAGGACAGGGGCCUCCUAAGCCACCCCAAUCUGAACUACACUUCCUUUGUGGGCGGCCGAGACAACCCCGCCGAUACAUUUUACUAUGUCCAGAUCAAAUCGAUCCUUGUCGGAGGUGAAAUCCUGAAGAUCCCCGAAGAGACAUGGGCUUUAGGAUCGGAAGGCUCAGGUGGCACAAUCAUCGACUCCGGCACAACACUCAGCUACUUCGCGGAUCCCGCCUAUGAUGUGAUCAAACAGGCCUUCCUGGACAAGGUGAAAGGCUACCCUCUGGUCCAGGACAUUGAGAUCCUGCACCCUUGUUACAACAUCUCGGGCGUGGAGAGGGCGGAAUUCCCCGAGUUCGGGAUCUUGUUCGCCGACGGGGCCAUGUGGAACUUCCCUGUCGAGAACUACUUCAUCCCGCUGGUGCCGGGCGAGCUGGUGUGCCUGGCAAUCCUAGGGACGCCCCGGUCCGCGCUCUCGAUCAUCGGGAACUACCAGCAGCAGAACUUCCACAUCCUGUACGACACCAAGAAGUCGCGGCUCGGGUACGCGCCCACGCGGUGCGCCGAGGUUUGAACCCCGAA